AUGUCAGCUAGAUUUAUCAAAAAUAAUUUAAAAUCUGUAAAUAUGCAAAGUAAAACAGAAAAGAGGUUAAAUAGUUCACAAUUAAAUGUAAAUGAUGCAGCCAAUGUUGAGAUUAAGGAGUUCAUCCGGCCAAAUGCAGAUGUAAAGCAUUCCAUUAAAGAUGCGAUAUACUGUAAAAGCAUUGAUUUAAAAGAACAUUGGGAUACUCUCUUACUUGAUGAAGUAAUCUUGAGAAAGCACAUGAGCUAUGAAGACCCUAAUAAGAAACUUUGAAGCAUCAGAAAGUAUAUUAUCGAUAAAAUUUUUGACUUUGGGGAUUCGCUUGGACUAAGGAAUAUUACCUUACAGGCAGCUAUUAUAUACGCUGAAAUAUUACUAAGCAAGAGCAAGUUAGACAUCUUGGAUAAAGAUAAGGAUUUAUGGGCAGCUACGACUCUACUCCUUUCCUCUAAAUAUAUUGAACUUGACGACUCGAUUCCCUUCAUCUCCCACUUCAGAAAGCUAGGAUUGGAUAGUUACAAUGAGGAUAUAUUCAUAAAGUCUGAGUCAGUUCUUCUUAAGGCUUUGAAUUGGGAAAUGAUGGUUGUAACCCCUUUGCACUACCUGGAAUGAAUUCUAAAUUAUUGAGCUCUAUUUGGUGAUGACAAGAUCAGAAUCACAGACCAUCAUGGAAAUAAAAUGAAUAGAUAUACAAGUAAUAUAGAAUUUGAAUAUGAAGGAGAUAAAAGGGAUCAGCUAAGAACCACAGUGAGUUCAGUUCAGAAAUAUUCAGAAAUCUUUGUUGAUAUUUGCAUCCAAUCAAAGAAGAUCCAGAAAUACUCGUAUUCAGUUCAAGCUAUUUACUCUCUUCUUGCUGCUAGAGAAAUGGUUGGGGUUGAACCAGUUUGGAAUCCUCAGUUUGAUAACUUUACAGGAUUAUAUAAAAGCCAGAUUUCUAGGGAAAUCGAAGAGAUAAAAGGAAUCAUUAAUGAAUCAAAUAUCAUUGAUAAUCUUUAUAAAACUAUUGACCAAACUAAUUAUGCUGAAACUUUAUUGCAAAGUUCGAAGUCUCAGAUAUCUGAGGAUGAUAAAAAUAAUUCUAAUUCCUCUAAUGAAGACAAGCCAAAAGUUCUAGGCAGUUACUAUAAAGCUCCAUCUUGCAAGAAAUUGAAAGUAAAUUUAUACCAGACUUCAAAUAAUUGUAGUACAUCUCAAGUUAGGUCAAAGUGUACCAGCAGGAGCAGAGCUUCAACUAAUGACACUAAGAAAUAUCAGAAUAAAGCUCAAAAGAAUGCAUCCAAAAGGAUUACUUCAAAAGAGAUGGCAAAAUCAUUUUAUGUAAAAAGAAGUAGUUCAUACGCUCUCAAAAGUUCAAGAAAUUACUCUGGUAUCAUCGGAGCAAAAUCAAGCAUCUCAACAACAAGGAAUAACUAUAAAAUUCCCUCAAAAAACAAAAGAAAGAGAUCUAUCAUAUACAAAUCAAAUACAAGAAGUAACUGAAACUCUAGAGCAAAUAGCAAGGUUAAGAAACCCAAAAACUUCAUCAAGAGUAAUAUCGAGAAUGUGAAUACUUAUUGCGAGCCUCUGAAAUCUAAAAGAAUGUUAGAGGAAAGACCUGGAUCUAUUAUUACAAACUUCAGACAAUAUUAUGACAAAGAUCUGAAACAAAAACUCUCAGGGAAAAAUUGAAUGAACGUUCCGAAGAAGCCAGCUAAAAAUAGCAUGAUGCUGUCAAAACAGGACUGAAAUAGAAGCACGAAUCAUCUGAACACUGGCUUAAGAGAAAGAAGCAACCAUAUUUCUGAUUAUAAAACUACUAUUACAAGUAGGAUGACUUCCAAUUCAGUCAGAGAUGCUUCUAAAAGUUUAGUGGCUACAAGCACACAUAAAUGUGUGGUUUCGAAUCUGAGAGCGUAUUCAAAGCCUAAGAGAUCAAUCAAUAUCAAACCCAGGAAGGCUAAGAAUAAGGAGAAUGUCUACUAUGAGCAUGAAUCCACUAGAGCUGGCUCUCAGUAUAAUUAGGGUAGCCGUUAAUCUUAAUUUUCUAAGCAUAGUGGCACAAUCUG